AUGCUUAUGCGUGACUACUUUGUUGAAAACCCAAAGUUUGACCCGGUUUGGUUUCGUGAAAGAUUUCGAACGAGUCAAAGGUUGUUUUUAAAUAUUGUUACUGAUAUUGAGCAACUUUUCGUUUACUUUCAAGAGCGUGUAGAUCGGUCGGGGAGAAAGAGUUUAGCUGUCAUACAAAAAUGCACAUCCGCGGUGGAACAAUUCGGAAUGGGCAACCCUCCGGAUAACUUUGAUGACUACAUGUGCAUGGCAGCGAGAACUUCUCGCGAAAGCCUUGAUCAUUUUUGCAGCGCGGUCAUCGAGUUAUAUCGUGAAGAGUACUUACGUAGGCCGACUAGUCAUGAUGUUGCCCGGUUGUACGAAGCGCAUGAACGGAGACACAAGAUUCCAGGAAUGCUAGGAAGUCUUGAUUGGUCACUCAACGAUAUCAAUGUCUUGAAUCAAUCGAGUUUGUUUAUGAGGGAGCGAAAUUCGAUGGCUCCUGACUCGUCUUUUACUGUAAACGACCUUCGUUACAAACGGGGAUACUAUCUUACCGAUGGAAUCUAUCCUAGGUGGGCAACUCAUGUCAAGGCAAUGCCAUAUCUGACUGAAACAAAUGACAAGAAGUUCAAGAAUCGGCAAGAAAGGAUGUAG